AUGCAUCUUCAAUGGAAUAAUAAGAACGCUCUAUAUCAUUCUUGGUAUAUAUUGCGCCGCAAACCCCACGCCUUCUUGGUCGACUACAAAACCCUAAUCGACCAAAGCGACGCUGGCCGCCCCUCCAGGCCAUACAGGGAGGAGGUCUCCGUAGGCCUCCUGAGGCCGAAACCGCCUGCCGAAACCAGCCGGAGUUUCCAUCUCGGCAACGUCGUCGACGAGUGCUUAAACGGCGGGUGGUGGGAGGGCGCGAUCGCCAAGGCACUGAAGAGCUCGUGGUACAUAGUGUACUUAGGGUGCGUGAAGCAGCAGUACCGGUUCGACGCGGCGGAGCUGAGGCUCCAUCGGGAGUGGGUCAACGGGAAUUGGGUCCCGCCGUUUGAGGCAGAGGAGGAAGAUGGUGACAGUGAUGAUGAUGAGAAAGUGAGCUCAACAAUGGAAGAGGAAUCUGGCGACGUUUGCCAAACAAGGAAGGGAGUGUUCACGAAGGGAGCACUGGUUGAGGUGAGAAGUGACGAAGAUGGACUCCAAGGUGCUUGGUUCGUGGGCACCAUAAUCAACAAGGCAGCGCAGAACCAGUUCUUGAUCGAGUACCAAACCCGCAGAGCGGAGGAUAAUAGCUCGGAGUUCUUGAGGGAGCACGUCGCCACAAGUCAUAUGAGGCCUUACCCGCUGGAGACCUUCGUGGCCGACCAUUCCGAAAGGAAGGCAAGAUUCGAUGCCUUGUACAAUGAAGGGUGA